AUGCCAGCACGCAUCUCAAGACCGCAUCUGUCACUGGGUGAACGGCGGGACCUUUUAUUGCGGCUGGUCUUUCGAGCACCAUUCCAACUGCUCUGGAACUUCAUCUAUGGAGUACCAUUUGCUAUCGCCAGGGGGAUGUCUCUCCGGCUCUUCGCUUUCUGUGCCUUCUAUCGCUUUGUGCUGGGAAGUAUGAAAGCGAGGGAGAUCCAGUUCCUACAACCUCCGACACUCAUCACCUAUGAGACAUGGAUCGAGAAGAAACGCAAGUCUAAUCCGGAGCUCGCCGAUAAGCUCAAGAGAGAUGUCGAGAUGCUCCCAGACAAUGACGGGGCCAUCAUGUGGCUAGGCAACCGCAGAAAAGCUAAGAAAUUCGUACUCUUCUUCCACGGAGGUGGAUACGUCGUCCCGCUUCUACCUGGUCACGUCGGUUGGUGUUGGGAAGCAUACGUCGCUGGAGGCCCAGGAGCCAAGACGGACGUGGCCGUCGCGAUUCUUCAGUACACUCUGGUACCAGAAGCUCGAUAUCCGACUCAGCUCCGUCAGGGCAUUGCUGCACUCAACCAUCUGCUUCAGUCGGGCAUCAGACCAGGCGACCUCAUCAUUGGCGGCGACUCCGCGGGCGGAAAUCUGGCUUGUCAAGUCGCUCGGCACAUCUGCGCCCCAGCUCAUCUCGAGAUCGCCCCCAUCAGCCUCAACGAACGACUUGCGGGAAUAUUCCUGGUGUCGCCUUGGUUGACCAGCAAGACCACUACACCGGCGUUCCAGGAGAACAACUACGUGGACAUGCUCACUCAGACCUGCAUGUCUCAUGCUACAGCUGAGUUCCUGCAUCCUCGGUUCCCCGCUAAGACCAAGACCGAUGAGAGCCAUCUUGCGAUGGCAAUGCCCAUGGACGGAGACCUGGCUUGGUUGGACGAGAUGUCUUCGGCUACCAAGAGUCUUUACAUCACUGGUGGUCAACAGGAAGCGUUCAGAGAUGACAUCCGAGCAUUCUCGGAGCAGAUCAGUUGCAGUAAAAAUGACCUGGAUCUUCUUGUUGAGCUGGCAGAGCACGAAGCGCAUGAUUUCAUUUUGCUUGAGGGGCAGACUGGGCGCGUUGGCGAUGCGACCAGUAGGAUGAGGAAUUGGGCUGCCGCUCAGCUGAGUGAAAGGAGCAAGUAA